AUGGUCCCGGCGGGCACCGUCUCUCUAGCAAACAUUCCUUCCUUCAACGCGUCCCUGCGGGCAGAGCCCAGCGGGUUGCCAGCCAGGCCUGCGGCCUCCUCGGGGCCUGAGGCUGCGGGGGCUCCCGCCUGCAAACGGGGUGAAACGCAGCCCGUGCCCUGUGGGGACACGUCGAGACACGCGGGCUUUACCCGCAGCCGUGGAGCACCCACCGGCUGCACAAAAAGCCCUGCUGAUGGCACUCCAAGACGACCUGUUUUGUCUGUCAGUGCAAGAAAACUUAGAGAUAAUGCAGCAGACUGGCAUAAUUUAAUGAUGAAAUGGGAGAGACUGAAUGAUAAUGGAUUUACUACAGCAAACAAGAUAGUCAACAUGAAGAUUAGUGAGCACUUUCAAGACAACCAACUGGAGAUAGCAUGUGGUAACAGUGCCACAGGAUCUGAAAAGCCAGCUCCAAAAUACAAUGAAGAACUGGACAAUCAUUGUGCAGAGCUACUCGAGACCUUAAAGCAUAUGACAAAAAUACAGCUGAAAAUGGAAAAGCUUACUUCAACUACUAAAGCAAUCUGUGACUUGAAAACGUUCCACGAUGGAGCUGGGAAUUGCACAGCACCCUUCUUUCAUACAUGGCCUACAUUGUACUUCUAUGAGGUUUCUCUGAAGCUCUCUGAAAUGUACAAGAAGGAACUACAACUCAAGCAAACAAUUGUACAAGAUAUUGCUCAUUCUGCUGAUCAGGAUCUGAUGAUGGUCUAUUUAUCAUCAUGGUUAUACCAGCCAUACAUUGAGAACAGCAGCAAACUACUGUUGGAAGCCAUGCUGCUGGAAACAGGACAUAGACAGUGUUAGAAUUUCAAAUGUUACAUGACUUGCUUAUAACGAUGCUUCAGUGAAACUGAAAUGGCAAAUUGCAAGGCUUACUAAGUAAGUGGAAUUUUUGUAAAACUUAUUAAAAAUAUUUUUCUCUGUUUUUAUUA